AUGUUAAGCCCGAGAAUGGAGAGAGCAGGGACGAUGAUGAAUGGAGAUGGGACAAUGAGAGGUUCAGAGGUUCAGAGGUAUGGUUUACUUUUAUGGAUAAACGUAUUCCACAUCGGCGCAUACAUCAUCAUUUUGGGCACCCACAUACCUUUUUAUCUUGCAGCCUCCUGGCUAAUAUUCGAGGAGGAAUAUGCAGAUUUCACCGAGCUCCUCCACCUCACGAUACUGCUUUUGCUUUGCUUCCUCGCCGUUCUGACGAUAAAAAAAGAAAAAUUGGAAAAACUGAUAAGAAAAUUCGACAACGGACUUCACGACUACGGAGACACGAUGGACAAAUCGUGUUUAGAAGAAAUCGAGAAGAUCAAAAGUGAAACAUUGUCAAGGAAACGUUUCCGUUGUCGCUUCAUGCUUUUCGGUCUUACUAUGUCGGCUCAGACUAUCAUCGUCCUGCGGCCGAUUUUCGAUCUGAUCUCGGGAAAAUUCAGCCAGCCCCAUUUUAAACACAACGUCAACAGAUACCUUCCUAUUAUCAUGUGGUACCCUUUGGACGUUUCGACAUGGACGUGCCAGAUAAUAAUGUUCAUUAUAGAAUACUACUUGGUGAUCCAGACUUGGCUUUUGGCAACAGCUUCUACAGUAACACUGAUUUCCAUAUCGGAAGAGAUAUGCCUCGAGCUUUCCGUGCUCAAAAUCACUCUGAAGAACAUCGUGCCGAGAGCUAAACACGCUGGUAAAGGAAUAGUUACUAAGGAAAUUCUGAACGACUGCCUUCGCAGAUGUGUCAUUCACCAUUGCAACAUUAUUGAUUGUUUCAAGCUCUUUCAGGAAUUUUACAAAUGGAUUAUUUGGCUAAUUAUUACAAUGUCAACAUUCAUGCUAUGCCUCGGAGCAUUCCUUAUGACCAUGGGAGGUAUGAAAGUGGUCCAAAUGGUUACAUCUAUAAGUUUCUUCGUCUUUGAAAUCUUUCACCUGCUUUUAUACUGUUGGUACGGAGAAGAGAUCGAAUCAUUGAGUGCCGAUCUUUUCUACAAAAUAUACGAAUCUGAUUGGAUUGAUUAUAAAGUUGACUUCAAACACUAUUUCCUGUUAAUACAGAAGAGGACUCUUUAUCCUUUGAAAUUGUCCGCCGGCGGUUAUGUCUACGCAAAUCUUCACACAUUCAGCAACUUAGGAAUACGACCUGGAUUUAAUGACACUGUGCCAGAACAGAGAUAUGGAACAAAGGUCAUCAAAGGACAAUCGCAGAACUGGGGUAGACCAAGGGACAUUUCCUCAUCGAUUGUAAAGUCCAGAUUUGGGAUUGUCUCAAGACCUGACGUCAUUGGUGACAACAAAAUUACCCUUUUUUGGAUGCCAUGGCACUCAGAGCAGAAGGGCAACGAAGAGGAGGAUAAAUGGGACAAGAAAAACUUGAUGAGGACAUCUAUCGGUCCUGUACCAUUUUGGUCAUACCAAAUUACCAAAAAGUUCGAUAAAUCAGAUAAUCGGUUAGGAAUAUCACCUGAAUUUAAUGGGACUGUCCCAGAACAGAGAUAUGGAACAAUGGUCGUCAAAGGACAAUCGCAGAACUGGGGUAGACCAAGGAGCACUUCCUCAUCGGUUGUAAAGUCCAGAUUUGGGAUUGUCUCAAGACCUGAUGUCAUUGGUAACAAUAAAAUUACCCUUGUUUGGAUGCCAUGGCACUCAGGGCAGAAGGGCAAUGAAGAGGAGGAUAAAUGGGACAAGAAAAAUGCGAUGAGAAAACUUCUCGGCCGUGAACAUUUUUGUCCAUACCAAGUUACCAAAAACUUGGAAACAUCGGAUAAUCGGUUAGGAAUAUCACCUGAAUUUAAUGGGACUGUCUCAGAACAGAGAUAUGGAACAAAGGUCGCCAUUUUCGCUCUUGUCGCAGCGUGCAGCGCAGCUCCUUCUGUCGUAACGCCCGUAGCGACGUCGCAUAGCUCCCAGGUCGUGACCAGAAGCCACAACGCCCUGGCGACUCCUGUCGUUGAAACUUUAGCUGCUUACACCGCACCAGUUGCUGCUGCUUACACCGCACCAGUUGCUGCUGCUUACACCGCACCAGUUGCUGCUGCUUAUGCCGCACCUGUUGCUGCUGCUUACACUUCACCCGUUGCUGCUGCUUACACUUCACCCGUUGCUGCUGCUUACACGGCUCCUUUUACUUACCCAUAUUAUUCUUACGCGCCCUUCGCCGACGUCGCCUACACUUCAAGCAGCUACACUGCUGCUCCUUCAGCUGCCUACAUGAAAUAUCAUGUAUUGACGCUCCACUUGAAACGAAGCCGUCUAAGAAGUAUGGCCGGUAAGGAAAAGGGUGAAAUCAAAGAAAAGAGCAAAGUACGACACUAUACCCAAUGUAAAUUCUACAAAGAAAAUUACGGACGUUACAUGUCAUGGGGAAUGUUCCUGCCGAUGUCCAGGAUGCAAAGACCUUUAUACUUUUUCAUCGGCACCAUCCACCUUCCAGUCGUUUUUUACACAUGUUACCUCAUCUUAGAAGAAGAGUUCGCCGAUUUUACAGAAUUGAUACACUUCGGCAUCCUGCUCAUCCUUUCUACAACUGUGACGAGUUUUUUCAAUUCGGCACAAUUGGAAAAUUUAAUAUGGUAUUACGAAUCGGGGUUGGGAGAUUAUGGCGACACCAUUGAUAAAGUUUCUGCCAAAGAAAUUAAAAAGGUCAAAUCCAAAUUUUUAAAAAGGAAAAAUUUUCAUUCUUUGUUUAUGUAUUACGGUCUUUACAUGGCCUCUUGCUCACUCGGAUUAUUAAGACCCGUAUACGAAUGGUUGUCGGGCAAAUACGACAACAUAAGCUUCAAAGAUAAUGUGGACAGAAUGUUGCCGCUCAGCGUUUGGUACCCCCUCGAUGUGACGAGUUGGCCCGUACAUAUUUUUAUGACGUGCUUGGAGUAUUAUAUAAUUGUCCAAACGACUUUCUUAGUGAUAGGUUCCAGUAUUAUAUACAUCUCCGUGUCGGAAGAGCUCUGCGCCCAAAUAGCAACCCUUAAAAUCACAAUGAAAAAUAUUACCAGGAGGGCGAAACACGUUGGCAAAGGCGUGACGACAAAAGAAAAUUUAAGAGAAUGUCUUAGACGAUGUGUUAUUCAUCACUGCAGAAUAAUAGAGUGGUUCGAUAUGUUUCAAAAGUUUUACAGUCGCCCUCUCUGGCUCAUUAUGACAAUUUUAACUUAUAUGAUUUGCCUAUGUGCCUUUAUAACGACUAUGAAAGCUGACUUAACAUUCAGCAAUAGGGUAACCUCAGUAGCCUUUCUCGUUUUGGAAGUAUUCUACUUGCUCGUUUACUGCUGGUACGGUGAGGAGAUACGAUCUGAGAGCGGUGAUUUGCAUUUCGAAAUUUACGAUUCCGAUUGGAUCGAUUUUCAAGUCGAUAUUAAAAACUACCUUUUGAUCAUCCAACAAAGAGCUUAUCAUCCUUUGAAAAUGUACGGCGGCUUGAUUUCCGCAGAUCUGAACACAUUCAGCACUAUUUGUAAUACGGCUUACUCCUACUUUAAUCUACUCAACGCAUCGCAAAAUUAAUGAAUCAAAUAAAAUUUAUUCUAUUCUUUCACCACACUUUGGAGUUUAAUAAG